CACUAGUAGAAAUAAUGAAAUAAAAACUUCAACCCAGAAUAGACAAUUAUCGAAAAUGGACUUAAGUUUCCUAUGCAGCAAACAAAUUUUGUACCAUUAUCAACAAGAACCAGUACUUCCUUCAUAUUCUAACCUCAAUAUCCUAAAAAAACAUCAACUUUACGAAAAUAAUUUGGCUUACAAUGAUUUUCAUUAUAAAAAUAAAAGACAAAAAUAUAAUGAGAAUACUCAUGAUCAAG